AUGCAGAGCCAAGCGGCCCUCUGCUGCCCCCAAGCACCAGGCCUGGCAGGCUGCCCGGCCACACACUUGCCCCCCGGGUUGGGACGGCUCCGGGGGCGUCCCCUGGGGCCCGUGAGCCACGAUCCCGGCCCCGGGAGGGUGCCAGGCGGGUGGGGAGCCCCCGUGACUCAGUGCCCCUGGCACCCUGCCCGCUCGGGCUCCCCCACGCACAGCCUCACUGGGGCCUCCCUCCUCCUUGCAGAGAGCCUGGGCGCGGAGUUGGGGCUCCUGCAGCUGCUGGGGGAGCCGCUGCCGCCGCAGGUCGACGACCCGGACGUGGGACCGGCCUUCGCCUUUGGCCUGGACACCGGCAGCGGCCAGGUGGCCCGGUACCACCUCCCCAGCCCGUUCUUCCGAGACUUCUCGCUGCUCUUCCACGUCCGGCCGGCCACCGAGGCCGCGGGGGUGCUGUUCGCCGUCACGGACGCGGCCCAGGCGCUGGUCUCCGUGGGCGUGAAGCUGACGGCCGUGCGUGACGGGCACCAGCACAUCCAGUUCCUGUACACCGAGCCCGGCGCCUCCCGCACCCACACGGCCGCCAGCUUCCGGCUGCCCGCCUUCACCGGCCAGUGGACGCGCUUCGCGCUCAGCGUGGACGGCGCCACCGUGGCGCUGUUCGUGGACUGCGAGUUGUUCCAGAGGCUGCCCCUGGUGCGCUCCCCGCGGGCCCUGGAGCUGGAGCCCGGCGCCGGCCUCUUCGUGGCCCAGGCUGGAGGAGCAGACCCCGACAAGUUCCAGGGGCUGAUCGCGGAGCUGCGGGUGCGCGGCGACCCCCGGGUGAGCCCCCUGGUCUGCCUGGAGGAGGACGAGGAGGACAGCGGUGGGGUGUCCGGCGACUUCGGGAGCGGGCUGGAGGAGCGCGGGGAGCCUCUCCGGGGGCAGCCGGUGAGUUCUGGGCGUCCUGGCGGGGACCCCGCGCCCGGGACCCCGUCCCGACAGCGCGGCUGUGGGAGCUCAUGGGGCUCCCCGCGACCUGAGGACACAUCCCGGACCUCGGUGGGCGGGGUCUGGCUGCGGGCCCAGGGGCAUCCGGGAGGCGCUGGCAGGGCCGUGGUCAAGGGCGUGGACACGGCUCUGAUCUCUUCUGUGCCGGCGGGGGAGGCUGCCCGGACCCUCCCCGGCUCAGACGCAGUCACAGCGCGGAACGUCCAGAGUCCUGGGGGCAGCCGGGAGGAGGCUCCUGCGGGCCCUGCGGUGCAGAGCCCCAAGGCACAGCCCGUACCCGGGCCACAGGGCCCCCCGGGCCCCCCAGGGCUGCCAGGGAAGGAUGGCGCCCCUGGAAAGGACGGUGAGCCGGGUGACCCUGGGCCGCAGGGCUUCCCCGGGAUCCCGGGAGACACGGGCCCCAAGGGCGAGAAGGGGGACCCUGGGGUUGGGCCAAGAGGACCUCCAGGACCCCAAGGGCCUCCGGGGCCACCAGGACCCUCCUUCAGACACGACAGGCUGACUUUCGUCGACAUGGAGGGGUCUGGAUUCGCCGGUGACCUGGAGAGCCUCCGAGGCCCGAGAGGCUUCCCGGGCCCCCCGGGGCCCCCUGGUGUCCCAGGCCUGCCUGGAGAGCCGGGCCGCUUCGGGAUGAACAGCUCCGACGUCCCGGGCCCCGCGGGCCUUCCUGGCAUGCCUGGUCGGGACGGGGCCCCCGGGCCUCCUGGAGCCCAGGGACCGCCAGGACCUCCAGGAAGAGACGGGGGGCCAGGCAAGCCUGGCCAGAAAGGCAGCCCUGGCGAGGCUGGCGCCCCAGGACCUAAGGGAAGCAAGGGGGACCCUGGCCCUACAGGUGCUCCUGGAGAGACCGGCUUGGCAGGAGCCCCCGGACCAGCUGGCCCACCAGGGCCCCCCGGGCCCCCCGGGCCCCCAGGACCAGGACUUGCCGCGGGGUUUGACGACAUGGAAGGCUCUGGGGGACCCUUCUGGCCGACUGCUCAUGGAGCCAGCGGGCCGCAGGGACCCCCAGGCCCGCCCGGAGUCAAGGGGGACCCUGGCGUAGCCGGACCACCCGGUGCCAAGGGAGAAGUCGGAGUGGACGGACCCCCCGGGUUCCCUGGCCUCCCUGGAGGAGCGGGUGCAGCCGGGGCCCAGGGACCCAAAGGAGAAAAAGGGACCCAGGGAGAGAAAGGUGAUCCAGGCAGGGAUGGAGUGGGGCAGCCUGGCCUCCCCGGGCCCCCCGGGCCCCCCGGGCCUGUCGUCUACGUGUCGGAGCAGGAUAGAGCGGUGGCAGCUGUGCCGGGACCCGAGGGCCGGCCAGGGUACGCGGGCUUUCCUGGACCGGCCGGGCCAAAGGGAGAUCUGGGCUCCAAAGGCCAGCGGGGCCCCCCAGGACCCAAGGGCGAGAAGGGUGAGCCGGGCGCAGCCAUCAGCGACUUGACAGGCCCCGCCCAGAAAGGAGCCAAGGGAGAGCCCGGCUUUCGAGGACCGCCGGGUCCAUACGGACGGCCAGGGCACAAAGGGGAGAUCGGCUUCCCUGGGCGGCCGGGCCGCCCUGGGAUGAACGGACUGAAAGGGGAGAAAGGGGAGCCAGGACACGCCAGCGUCGGCUCUGGUGUGAGGGGUCCACCGGGUCCCCCGGGGCCUCCAGGACCCCCAGGCCCUCCCGGGACUCCUGUCUACGACAGCAAUGCAUUCAUGGAGUCUGGCCGCCCCGGACCUCCGGGAUCGCCGGGGUACCAGGGGCCUCCUGGACCGAAAGGUGACAAAGGAGAAGUGGGCCCACCAGGACCACCAGGGCAGUUCCCCUUCGAUCUACUCCAGCUGGAGGCUGAAAUGAAGGGGGAGAAGGGUGAUAGAGGAGCCGCUGGGCAGAAGGGCGAACGGGGAGAGCCCGGGGGUGGCGGAUUCUUCGGCUCGAGUGUGCCCGGCCCCCCUGGCCCGCCGGGCUACCCUGGGAUUCCGGGUCCCAAGGGAGAGAGCGUGCGGGGCCAGCCAGGCCCGCCGGGACCUCAGGGACCCCCUGGCAUCGGCCAUGAGGGGCGUCAGGGGCCUCCUGGGCCCCCUGGGCCCCCCGGCCCUCCAGGGCCCCCUUCCUUCCCCGGCCCCUACAGACAGACGAUCAGCGUCCCUGGGCCCCCAGGCCCACCUGGGCCCCCUGGACCCCCGGGAACCAUGGGCACCUCCUCAGGGGUAAGGAUCUGGGCCACGUACCAGACCAUGCUGGACAAGGUGCCCGAGGUGCCGGAGGGCUGGCUCAUCUUCGUGGCCGAGACAGAGGAGCUGUACGUCCGGGUCCGGAAUGGGUUCCGGAAGGUCCUGCUGGAGGCGCGGACGCCCCUCCCACGCGGGACGGACAACGAGGUGGCCGCCCUGCAGCCCCAUGGCCCGUUCCCCCGGCGGGAGCCCUCCCACUCCACAGCGCGGCCCUGGCGGGCGGACGACAUCCUGGCCAGCGCCCCGCGCCUGCCGAACCCCCGGCCCUACCCCGGGGCCCCCCACCACAGCCCCUACCUGCACUUCCAGCCGGCUCGCCCCACCAGCGGGCCCCCCCACGCCCACACCCACCAGGACUUCCAGCCGGUGGGGACAGCGAACCAGCCCACGGCGCCCCUGCAGGAGGCGGGACAGAGACCCAGUAUGCGGGGCCACCGCUGGAUGAGCCCCCGGGACGGGGGGGUCGCAAGGGUAUCGCACCCGGGAUCCCCGCCAGGCUCUGGCUCCACAACGUGA